CCUCCCAAAUGAGCCACUCCUCUACCCACGUGCUUUCUCAUGGCUGACCUCCUUAAUGUCAAGACUGCUUUGUUACCAGUUACUGCUUUACAUUGUCUCAAGAUCAAUGAAAAAGGAUCAGUUAUACUAGCAGGGUGUGGCCCAUGGCUAAGAGUAUUUAGUAUGUCUGCUACUGUGUGGUGUCUACUCCUAGAGGUUGAAAUGAUUCCAUCAAAAAGAAUACAUGGAAUUCGAUUAGGAGAAAGGAAAAGUAACAAUGUUAAUAUUAUUGUAUUUGGACAGAAAGUUUAUAAAUGGAUCAAUUUAUUAUUUGACCAGGAAAAUGAAGACAUUUUAAUCAGGCAGUACUCUGUUUCUAAUACAUACAGUGCUCCUGAUUGGAUAUUUGAUUUAUUGUGCAUAUCUUUUGUUAGUCUUGAUGUAUUUGAGGUUGCUCUAGGUCUAGCUCAUAAUGCCAUAGCCAUCUUCAAUUCAAAACUAUCAACACAAACUUUGCUGACGUCUGAAAUAAACUGCAUACUUUAUUCAUGUCAGGUUAGAUCAGUCUCUGGUUGGUUAUUGUUUGCUUCUGGUACUGUUUUCAAUGAUAUACUCCUCUCAUCUUACCCCAUCCAUCAAGUCAAGAUUAGUGACCUUUCUCCUCAUUUGGGUUCUUGUGAAGUAGCAGUGAGGCUCAAAGGUCAUGAGGGGGUCAUAUUUUGUGUUGAUUUUAAUGAGGAUUUGUCAUUGCUUGCCUCGUCAUCUGACGACAGGUCAGUAAGAAUAUGGGAACUGCCUCAAGACUGGAAAUUAUUAAAAGGCCACACUGUCUCUAAUUCUUUGUAUGUCCUUUACGGUCACACUGCUAGAGUUUGGAGGGUUUAUUGGACUCUGUCAUCAUCUCUCCUCCUCUCUGUUGGUGAGGAUGCAACCUGUAGAGUGUGGGACCAUCGUGGCAACUGUAAAAAUGUCAUCUCCGGCCAUAGAGGUCGUAAUAUUUGGAGUGUAGCUUUUAACGAAGCAGAUAAUUUAAUUUAUACAGGAGGGGAGGAUUCCAGUAUUAGAGUCCAUUCCUUGUCUGUCAGUAGUGGGCCUGGACAGAAAGGUGCACUAUAUGACGGUCCACGUAAUGUUACUGUAUUAUCGAGUAGACAUCAAAUGUUCCCCUCUCCUCCUCCUCUCCCUCCCUCUCCCCGCUCUCUUCUCCUGUGGGACAAUCAUCUCUUACUCUGCCUUUUUGAAGAUGGCUCUCUUUGUCAGUUGGAUCUUAGUCUUUCCCCUCCUGAUUCUAAUUGGAGCCCACCCUGUCAUACUGAUCCAAAAUAUUCAAAAUAUUCUUUGAUGACAUUAGCCAAAGGAUUACCUUUACUGGCUAUUGGAAAUUUAGAGGGAAGCAUAAAAAUAUUAGCACUACCUGCAGCUGUUGAUGUAUGUAAGGAAUGGACGGCACACAGUGGGAAGGUUUUCUCGUUGUUAUGGAUGGAGCUACCUACAGACACUACCUCCUCCAUCACUGAUGGUAAUACACUCCCAGUACAUUCAACUGAAGUGUUACUUUCUUGUGGGCCAGCUGGAAAUAUGAUCUGUUGGUUGGUUGAUUACUCCAGCGAUAAAGAGCCAAUAGCUGUCUCUCUUCUCUUCACUCUUCUACUCCCUCAGUCUAAGCAUAGAUGGACCACAGCAGCUCUUAUACUCUCUAUAGAGAAGGGAAGGGUGAGGGAGGGAGGAGAGAGGGAGAGGAGGCGAUUUUGUAUAGCCUGUGGUGACAAGAAAGGAUCAAUUCAUCUUUAUUAUUGCUUUGAUGGACAGAAAGAGAUACAAUCACCUUCACAAUCCUUCUAUGGUGUCCAUGGUCCUAAUGGUGUCACACAGAUGUUCACAUUAAAUGGUUCGUUAUACAGUGUUGGUAGGGAUGGAUACUGCAGACAAUACUCAUUCACUUUGUUAAAAACUGAGAGAGGGGAGGAAGAAGAAGGGGCUGAUGGUAAUGAGGUGAUUGGAUUAUAUGAGUCCAACAGGUUUCAUCCUGUACGUGGUGUUGACUGGAUUGAGGGAGUAAGAUUCACUGUCAAUCAUGGAACCUUAACAACCUGUUACCAUGGGAAUGAGUUUUUACUCCAUUCCUCUGUAUAUGAGAGAAGCAUAUUUACAGUCACUUGUGGUGGUGGGCACAGGUCAUAUGCUCUCUCCUCUCUCGAUAGUAUUAUAGAGACUCAUAAUGUGACAUUUGCGUACAUCAAGGGAUCUAGUGUUGUUAUUGUGCAGGAGAACCUGUCAGACCAGCUUAUGAUUCCUGUUUUACAAGCACCUUUCAUUGGCCGGGAAGCCGUUUCAAUUUGUUUACUUAAUACUAUUGAGGAAUCAAGUACUGCUUUGUUUGCUGUUGGAAGUGAAGAUUGUUCGAUUGCUCUUGUUAAAGCAAAAUGCAUUAAAAAUGAUAAAGGUGAUUCUACAUUAUCAUUAAAUCCUAUUGCUAGUAUUGGUGGGCAUACUUCUUGUAUACAAUCUCUCUCUUCUCUCCUUCUCUCUGACAAUAAGCACUGUCUACUCUUUUCUGGUGGUGGCAGGGCCAGUUUAAAGGCUUGGCUUAUCUCUACAAACGAUUUGAAAGAGCCAUCAGUAUCACUGCAGUGUGAGUAUAAUUUGCACAAUUUGCCAUCAAAGCCACAGAGAAGGAGGAGGAAAGGAAAGUCUGCUUCAGUUCCUCCUCCUGAAUGCAGAAUAACAUCAUUGGCUUCACUGGCAUUAGCUGAUGUUAGUGUGAAGUAUAGAAAAGGACAGUCUUGUGUAACUGCUGGCUGCUCUGAUGGUUUUAUAAGAAUUUAUAUUUAUGAUGAAGUAUUGAAAUCCUUCACUCUACUGGAGGUCAUUGAUCAUCAUCAUCAUUGUAUACUAACAGUAUCUAACAUUAUAUUAUCUUUUAAUGACAGUCCAUUCAAGACAGCUCUUUUACUAACAGCAGCAACUGAUGGGAGUAUAGUCUUGUGGCCCCUCUCAUCAUUAAUCAGUAAAUGGCAUGAUGAUCAGGAGAAGGGAAGAGAAGAGGAAGCCACUCCAACACUUGAUCCAUUGUUAUCAAUCGAUCAAGCUCACCAGUCAGGGAUCAAUGAUAUCUCAGUGAUACUGAUACAAGAAUCACUCGAUCCCAAUCUGUUACUGAUUGCAUCUGUUGGUGAUGAUACUGCCCUGGUUAUUAGUCUGUGCUCAGUAUCAUGUGACUCUCACCUCCUUAUCAAGGGACAGUGUAAAUUGUCUUCUGCUCAUUAUUCUGCUAUAACAGGUGUAUCAUUUUUAUCUCCAGGCGUACUACUGACCACAUCUAUUGAUCAAAGACUUUCUCUCUGGUCAGUUACUGUCGAUGGUUUUGACCCCUCUCUUGCCAAGGUUACUGAUUGCGUUCACAAUGUGGCUGAUCCCUCGUGUCUGGUGUCAUAUCAUCUCAAAGACAGCUGUUAUGGUGUUGUUUGUGGGGUUGGGAUGGAAUUCUUUGAAUUGAACCAAGAACUGUGUCGGAAAAACAUGUAUUAACAUAACGUACUUUUUAUCAAUAAUAAUUAUUUUUACUAAAAUACAUUAUUAUUAACAAUUAUUAUCCUAAUUAGUUUUUGUGGUUCUUGUCUAUCAAUACAGACAACAAUGGAGAGUUUUUGUAGUUCAAAAAUUA